AUUUUCUGGAUAUCGAUUUUCAAGUGGGAAAAAUUUUAAUUAUUAAAUAUAUGAAUGGACGGUUAUACCCUCUCCGAGUGCGUAGCCCUAGGCAUUUCAAAAGUUAAAGGCUGAGAUUUGUUUCUAAACAAAUCCAACGGUGUUCACAGUUUCCAGCCGCUCCUUUAUAUUCAUCCCAGACGGCGCUCUUCUCCUGUUUCCUUGCAUUCAUCCUACCGCCCUGUGUCUCUCGCGAACUCCCGUUGGGAUUUUAGGGUUCGCGAUCCAGACGGUUGCUUCUUGAUCAUCAUGGUUCUUCAAAACGACAUCGAUUUGCUCAAUCCUCCGGCUGAACUCGAGAAGAGAAAACACAAGCUCAAGCGUCUCGUACAGUCGCCCAACUCAUUCUUCAUGGACGUGAAGUGUCAGGGUUGCUUUAACAUAACGACUGUAUUCAGUCAUUCACAAACAGUCGUGGUAUGUGGGAAUUGCCAGACGGUCUUGUGCCAGCCAACUGGAGGGCGCGCUAGGCUAACAGAAGGGUGCUCCUUUAGAAGAAAGGGUGACUAAGUCCUUGUCUCAGAAUUGGCUUGCAGUAGGAUCAGGAUGGGUGGGUUUGAAUUUUGAUAUUGCAAUUGAGCACAUUUUGUCUUUGUCUCGGGUUUUCUUCGUUAUGGAUGUUGAUUAUUCAAUUUUGUUUGAGAAGAAGAGCAUUUAGGCACCGUUGUUGCAGUACAUUGAUCUUAAUGUUGUCCAUGAAACUAAGUUUUGUUUGAAGGAAUUCACAUCAAGUGUUUUUGCGAGCUCCC